AUGAAUCUAUACCUUGAGGAAAAGGCACCUUGUUGUGGAACUCACUUUUGGAUUUCACUAAUCAUUUGUUGGGCUUCUCUGUUAUUUGCUGCUAUCACAUCAGGUCUUGCUCUAGGACUCUUGUCCUUUAGCCAAGUUGAUCUUGAGGUUCUUGUUAAAGCUGGACAACCUCAAACCCAGAAAAAUGCAGCGAAGAUUAUGUCCAUUGUUAAGCAUGAGCAUUUUCUUUUAUGCACCCUCCUCAUAGCUAAAUCAAUUGCAUUGGAGGGGGUUUCUGUUUUUAUGGAGAAAAUGUUCCCACAGUGGCUUUCUGUCUUAAUAUCAGCCACACUUUUGGGUAUCAUUGCAGAGAUUAUCCCUCAAGCCUUGUGUUCUCAAUAUGGUUUAAGUGUUGGAGCAAAAAUGUCCCCUUUUGUUCGAGUUCUCAUGCUGAUUUUCUUCCCAAUUGCAUAUCCACUUAGUAAGCUGUUGGAUUGGCUGCUUGGCAAAGGGCAUACUGCGCUUUUAGGACGAGCGGAACUAAAGACUUUGGUCCAUUUACAUGCCAAUGAGGCAGGGAAAGGUGGAGAGUUGUCACUUCAUGAAACUACAAUAAUUGCUGGAGCUUUGGACUUAACACAGAAGACUGCUAAAGAUGCUAUGACACCUAUAAGUGAAACAUUUUCUCUUGACAUAAACUCCAAACUUGAUAUGCAAACAAUGGGCUUGAUAAUGAGUAAAGGUCACAGCCGUAUACCAAUCUACUCUGGAAAACAAACAAAGAUUGUUGGUGUUAUCUUGGUCAAGAAUUUAAUCUUCUGUCGUCCUGAAGAUGAAAUGCCAAUUAAGUAUAUGACUAUCAGGAGAGUUCCUAGAGUUGGUGAAGAUUGGCCACUAUAUGAUAUACUGAAUCAAUUCAAGAAGGGUCAAAGCCACAUGGCUGUUGUCCUCAAGUGUGAAGAGAACAUCAAAACUGCUGCAACUGAUACAGAAGGCAAAACGCCAGGAGAUUAUACUAGCAUCUCAACUGAUGCAUCAAAUUGGCAUUCUCAAGAAACAGAAUAUUAUAGUGCAACACUGAAGAAUGUCAUGAGUCGAGAUGCUGACUCAGAUCCACCACAAAGAAGAUCAGAAAAACCUGAUGCAAGUUCAUCAUUUGAGAAUUUGGAGUCUUUUCUAACAGAUGAGGAAGUGAUUGGGAUAAUAACAAUGGAAGAUGUUAUGGAAGAGCUACUUCAGGAAGACAUAUUGGAUGAAACUGAUAAAUAUGUUGAUGUCCAUCAAAAUAUCAGAAUCAAACUGCAACAUCCAAGAACAGUGUCAUCAGCAUCAGGAUCCUCCAGAAGAGCUUCAAGUUCUCUUCAACAAUGGAGAAGUUCAGACGCAUCUCGAGUUUGCUUUUUAACUCCUACAUAUAUUUCACCCAUUUCUCCAUCUAAAUAA